CCCAUCUUCUACCCCCUCCUCCACAAAGGCUUCAGAGAGGAACACCCAGGGAGAGUUCAGAACUUUCAGUCACCGAGUUCGCCGGAGAAAGGUCCACGCAGCGCCGCUGUUCCUCGCCGUCGUCCGCUGUACUGAGCGCGGGGAUGGAGCCCCCGUGGCCUCGUCUUCCUCCUCGCUGAGUUCACGGAGCCGGAGCAGCUCCGGGCGUCUUCAACCUCGUCUUCUUCCCGGAACUGGAGCAGCUCUGAAACGGCACGCUCGUCCUCGUCUCCAAAGCGCGUCUGCCAUGGUGACCGUGUGCAUCUUCAUCGAUCCCGGCGUCGCCUCACGUCCUCGAGCCUUUCCGUUCGCCUACGCGCCUCCUGCAUUUGCUUCUUCCCGGAUAGGAUCACGAAGUGGUGAUGUGAGAUACGACGAGUUCUCCGACAAGUUCUUCUACAGCUUUUCACAGGUACAAGAUGACGACGUUAGCAAGGUUACCCUUCCGGCUUGGCCUGGGCAGGGUUAUGGACGCCAGUGGUUAUCUUCAGGACUCUUAGUCCAAUUUGUAUCUUGUCCAUACUCGGACGUAUUCGAUCUUCUGUAUGAUUUGGAUCUUUGUAUUAUAUAUUUGUAUCUUGACUCGUUGGAGUCGUUGUUGUAUAUAUGUAUCUUGUGGGCUCUAUUGUAAUCAUGUUGUAAUGUUACCGCUCGUGUUAAUUCCUCUGGCAUCACGUGUGUGAUUUGUCGCGCACGUCGUGUCGGAGGGCGUCUCUGGAUCGAUAUCGUGCGGAUUUCGGCGGGAUCGCUGGAAUCCUCAGGAUACCGGUUCCGGGGCGUCACAAGUUGGUAUCAGAGCUCAGGUUGACGGUACCCCACUAGUCCUGCCUGUAGGAUAACCUUGCCAACGGUCGUUGAGUUUAGAGUGUCAAAACCUAUUUUCUGAAACAUCGUUGGAUAGAUCUGAUUAGCUCUAUUUUUCUCCUUACCUAUAUUCUUUCUUCUCUUACCUAUGCGAGUUUUAAGUCUUCUCUCUUAUCUGAGUCUUAGGUUCUACGCGGGUUGG